AUGGCCUCUUGGGACCAGACAUCACCAAUGAUCAAGUUCGAGGACUCGCCAGCCGAGUCCUUCGUCUCGACACCCGGCGAACUAUACCCCUCGCUUUUCGGCGACGCCACUCCAGCGGUCGCUGACGGCACUACCGUCGACCCCUCAGACAUGUUGACGCCUCCGCCCUUCACUGAGGAGGAUGGCACUGCCUCCACCCCGGCCGACGACUCUCCAUCAUCAGAGAAGAAGCCGGCCAAGAAGAGGAAAUCAUGGGGUCAAGUUCUCCCGGAACCCAAGACCAACCUUCCUCCGAGGAAACGGGCCAAGACAGAGGACGAGAAGGAGCAACGCCGAGUGGAGCGUGUCCUCCGCAAUCGUCGCGCCGCCCAAUCUUCUCGGGAGCGUAAGCGUCUCGAAGUCGAGGCUCUCGAAAGACGCAAUAAGGAGCUCGAGGCAGCUCUUUCCAAUGUCACCAAGGCGAAUCAGCUCCUGGUUGAGGAGCUGAACAAGUUCCGUCGCGAUUCGGGCAUGUUGACCCGAUCAUCCUCGCCUCUCGACCCUCUCCGCUCUAAUUCCGUAACACUGUCCCCUGAGCUCUUCGGCUCACAAGACGGUCAUCGUCCUCCAAUGGACGACGCCAAGUCUCUUGUCGAUGACCUGAUGACUUCAUCCCAGAACAACGCCACCGUCAACCCGGCGUCGCUCUCCCCCGAGCUGUCGCCAAUCGCCGAGACUGACGAGGCGGAUGCCGAGGAGAACAAGACGGCCGAGACCACCGGGAACUCAUCCUCCGACCUGACACAACGUCCUGCAGCGAUGUUGUGCGACCUGCAGUGUCAUCUUCUGUCGGCGGCCCUUGACGCAGAUCGCUAUGUCCUUGAAAGCGGGCUUCUCUCUUCCCCCAACUCCCUCGAUUACGAACACGAUUAUAUGGCUGGUGACUCUGCCAACUUCCUCCAGGAACCGUUCGACAUCACCGAGUUCCUCCACGAUGAGGUCAACGGCGGCGCCAACUCAGACGCCAACGCAGUCAACGGCACUGCCGUCGCAGCGAACCCGGACUUCGGCCGCGAUCUUACCUACUCUGAGACUCAAGUCUCUUCAGAGAAUCCUAACCUGCAGCCCCACUCUGGCGCGUCCGCUUAUGGAUGCGACGAUGGAGGCAUUGCGGUUGGUGUCUGA